GGGCCUGGGGAGUGUGGCGGGCGGCCGAGUGAGCGCUGCUGGACUCGUGUGGCCCUCGGACGCCUGGUGUAGCGGCUCCCGCCUUCGCCAGCCCUCGCCAUGUUCCUCACCCGGUCUGAGUACGACAGGGGCGUGAAUACGUUUUCUCCUGAAGGACGGUUAUUUCAAGUGGAGUAUGCCAUUGAGGCUAUCAAGCUUGGUUCUACAGCCAUUGGGAUCCAGACUUCAGAGGGUGUGUGCCUUGCCGUGGAGAAGAGAAUUACCUCCCCACUCAUGGAGCCCAGCAGCAUUGAGAAAAUUGUAGAGAUUGAUGCUCACAUAGGUUGUGCCAUGAGUGGGCUAAUUGCUGAUGCUAAGACUUUAAUUGAUAAAGCCAGAGUGGAGACACAGAACCAUUGGUUCACCUAUAAUGAGACAAUGACAGUGGAGAGUGUGACCCAAGCUGUGUCCAAUCUAGCUCUGCAGUUUGGAGAAGAAGAUGCAGAUCCAGGUGCCAUGUCUCGUCCUUUCGGGGUGGCACUGUUAUUUGGAGGAGUUGAUGAGAAAGGACCCCAGCUAUUUCAUAUGGAUCCAUCUGGGACUUUUGUACAAUGUGAUGCUCGAGCAAUUGGCUCUGCUUCAGAGGGUGCCCAGAGCUCCUUGCAGGAAGUUUACCACAAGUCUAUGACACUGAAAGAAGCCAUCAAGUCUUCACUAAUUAUCCUCAAACAAGUAAUGGAGGAGAAGCUGAAUGCAACUAACAUAGAGCUAGCCACAGUGCAGCCUGGCCAGAAUUUCCAUAUGUUCACAAAGGAAGAACUUGAAGAAGUUAUCAAGGACAUUUAAAGAAGUGUGAUCCUCAGAACUUCUCUGGGACAAUUUCAGUUCUCCUGAUUGCCCUUAACUUUUAUUUCCAGCAGUUAUUCCCUGGAGAGUCUCCAGUAUAUGUGCAUUUUUUUUAUGAUGUCUGUACAUAAAGGCAGUUCUGAAAUAAAGAAACAUUUAAAAUA